CGCACAGCGGGCGGCUGGAACACCCCUUGGGUGUUACUCGCGACUACAUGCAGAAGAUCUCGAGCUGGGUAGCUUCGCAAAUGGGGACAGCUUCAACGAAUGACGCGCAAACAGGGAGUAUCAUCAGAGAAGGGAGAAACGAAGUUGCGUAUUAGCAGGUCCAGAGGCGUCGCCAACGAAGAAGACCGAGCGGCUCUAUCAACGUUGAUGGAGGGAGAGAUGGACUCGGUGGGGGAGUUACGAUGUUAUGCGGAGGACUGGAUUGGCAUAGUGGAGGAGGGACACAAGCGGCUGCAGAUGAUAGUUGACGCGCUUACGUUGCAGCGACAGGAAGGGGGGGAGAUCUUGAUGGAGCGGUGGCUGGCGGACAGGACUCAGGAGAUGUUACACAUCAUAUGGGAGUUGGAGGAGGGGCCGGAUCCCCGGCUUGAUGACUACAUUGACUGGAGGAGAGUAGAGGGCAGGGAGUGCGCUUGCAAAUCCCUCUUUCGAUUAGGGUGUGACCUGUGCGAUCAGCUGGAGGACAGGCAAAAAAGUGGUGAGAUGGGCGAGGCGGGCGUUAACGGUGACAAGGACAACGGGUGGAAGGGAGGUUUGGAGGCCUGCGAAGAAGAUUGUGACAGCGACGGCAACAACGGUGGGUACAACAACAACAACAACAACAACAACAACAACAACAACGACAACGACAACAUCGACAUCAACGACGAAGAAGAUUGUGACAGCGGCAACAACAACGGCGGGUACAACAACAACAAUAACAACAACGUCAACGACAACAUCAACAACAACGUCAAUAACAACAACAAAGUCAACAAGAACAACAAUAUUAAUGGUAAAGGCAUCGAUGACGAUACCGGCGUCUAUGGAAGCGGCGGGGUGUUGACAGACAAGUCGCAAAUGGACGUAGGGGAGAUUGCGAUUGGUUUGGGAAAAGGGUUUGCUAUCUCCCCCCCUCCCUCCCCCCCCCUCGAUACUAGUCAUGAGGUCAAUAAUAACAACAAUGGUAAUAACAACAACGAUGACAGUGUGAUGGGAGCGGAGUUUUCUCCCCUCUCCAACUUUGACAGGCAGUUCCUCUUCGGGGUUAGGCUUAGGAUAGGGGUUGGAUAGAUGAUGAUGAUCGAGGUUGCUCGGCCCACAACAUCGAUCAGCAAUGAGGGGCUGGUCGCCCCGCGGAUUAGACGUGGGCUGCUUAGAGAUUACUUUGCGGGAGGUUGUUCCCUGUCUAGAAUGCAUAUAGUGACAUAUUAGGGUUAAUGACGCAGCAAGUUAAUCCUCCUCUGGUAUGGGGGAGCAAUCAAUGCCUCUGCACAGA